AUGCCUUCUGUUUCUUCUUUAAACGCCGAGGACAAAGCUGCAAUAAAAAAAGUCAUAAAGAACACUACAAAUAAAAUCCUCACUGCAACUGUCGUUCGACUUUAUGUUGCAUAUCCUAACCCAGAUGCAUGGACCUACAGCAACCUUAUGGGCGCUGUAGCUUUCGUCAAGGAUCAAGAAAAGAAUUCUUUUUUUUUUCGUUUAGUAGAUUUGAUGAACAAUCAAGGUAUCUUAUGGGAGCAAGAACUAUAUAAAGAUUUUAAAUACAAUCAAGAGUGCCCAUUUUUUCAUACCUUUUGCUCUGAUGAUUAUUUUGCUGCGUUCUCGUUCGCCAAUGAAAAUGAUGCAAAAACCUUUUACAAGAAAGUUACGAAUAGAGAGAAGCUUAGUGUACCAAGAAAAGUAGCAAGAAGGUCAAGGAUACAUAUAUUAAAAACAACGUUUUCUUCAAGGCACCUUGGACAUAUAGGUUUUAAUCCUGAUACAGGGUUUGACGUACAAAAUAUCGAUCCUCAAUGGAAAAGUUUAUUCGAUCAACUAAGUGAUUUGGGUAUCAGUCAGGAAUUAAUUACACAAAAUGCAGAUUAUAUUAUGAAAUAUGUUGAUGAACAAGGUGGAAUCAAAAAAAUAAAUAAGCCCACCAAACCGACGACUGGCAAAUCAGCUCCUGGCGCUGCAAAAAAAACACCGCCACCACCACCGCCAAGUCGACGUCCCGGGUCUUCACCACCCGUUAAAGCCAAGGCAAAAUCUCCACCACCUCCACCGCCAGCUCGACGCUCUGUUUUCAACAAUCAAUCGAAUAAUUACAUACCUUCAAAACAGCAGAGUCCUCCAUCAUCUCCAAAGCAGGCCAUUCCACCACCAACUCUUAAACAAACAACGUCACAUCUACCACUACCACCUCCACUUCCAGUUUUAAGCGUAAAUAAAACCGCGCAACCAUCACCAGCUUCGAAUAUACAUAAACCAGUACAACCACCUCCAGUUUCUAAAACCAUACAACCACCUCCAAAACCUGUACAGCCACAUCCGGUUCAAGUCGCGCCGCCACCGCCACCUCCUCCUGUUUGUCCUCCGACGACUCAGAACGAACCUCCACCGUUGCCUCCUGCCAGAGUGCAAACUCAUGUGCCACCACGCCAACCAACAUCAGCGGUUGGUGAGCCAGUUCGCCGGUCAACUAUACCUGAUGAACCUCAAAGCCCAACUGCUGGGGGGAAUGAUCUUGCCUCAGCAUUAGCAAAUGCUCUUUUGAAUCGUGGAGCAGCAAUCCGUGGUGAUUCUGAUGAAGACGAAGAUGACGAUGACGAUGAUUGGGAUGAUUAA